AUGAAGAAUUUCUACACUAUUGAUGACACGAAUAGAAAAAAGAAUACAAAUGGUAGGAGUUCACCCGGGACUGGUAAUUUAGAAGAAACACCAACUUUUUCAAGUAUGUGGAAGAGUAUUCCCCCUGUGUCUAGAACUAUCAUAUUAUUAAUGACAAUUCUGACCUCUUUAACUUCAUUACAAUUAAUUAACAUAGGUUAUUUAGUUUUCCAAUUUAAUGAAGUUUUAGCAUAUAAACAAUGGUGGAGACUAUAUACUGCUUUUCUUCUAUUACCAUCCAAUGCAAUGUCUGCAAUUAUGGAAUUGUAUAAUUUGGGAUCUAGAGCUGUACAUUUAGAGAAUGAUAGGUUUUUGGUAUCCCGUUACCAUAGUACGUCUAUCGAUUUUGCAUUCUAUCUGUUUUUUUGUUCCACUUUUAUAAUAACUGGUUGUGUUAUCAUAUAUGGAAAAUAUCAACCUUUGGUAUUGACCUGUGCAUUUGAUGCAUGUUUAACUUUAACCUGGGCUAUUGAUAAUUCCAAUGUAGAAGUCAGGUUCUACGGGAUACUUCCAGUCUAUGGGAAAUUCUAUCCUUUAUUACAAGGCCUAGUAGCAUUUGUAUUUGGUGGGGAUUUGAUUCUGAUGGUACUUGGAUUUAGUGCUGCAUAUAUAUUUAAUUGUUUGGAUACAAGAUCUUUAGGCCCCAUUUAUGGAUCUAUUGCAAAAAAAGAUAAAUGGUAUGGUGUCGUACCAACUGGUAAAUUUCAUGCACCAAGAUGGUUUAUUUGGGGAUAUGAAUUUUUGUUUGGUGGGAAUUAUUUACAAAAAUUAGAUGAGCUUAAAUCAGUCAAUAAAAGAAAUGGUGGUCAAAGAUUAGGUACUUCCACCUCUACGGUAACUACUACUACUACUACUAGAACAUUCGGUAGUGGACAAAGACUUGGUGGAUACGAGACAUUGGGAUCUGAUAAUAAUAUUCCAAAAAGAGAUUAUCUGGCUACUAGUUCAAGAAAAAAUUUAACAACCACCAGGGAAAGAUCCUCUAAUCCUCAAGAAAAUUAA